AUGGCUUGCCGGAAGUCACCAGUUUGGAUUUUCUUAGUAUGCUCUGCCCUGAUUUCCGGAUACAUUAUAGGGUGUGAUUCCUUGAAGUCAAACAAACGUAUACCAGACCAUGACCCCGAGUGGACAAAUGUGACCUCAACCAUAGCGCGUGUAUGUAUACAACAUGUCGGUUUCGGCGUUUUGUCUGAUGGAGAAACAUUUUUAUUGAUACAGGCGGGUAAUGUUUCCGGCCAGUGUUACGUAGUAGUUUUAUAUAAAUAUCUAUCAGGAUUGUUUCGACGACAUACUAACUUUGACUUCAGUUUAAAAAUUCAGAAAACGAAACUAAAUCAGGAUUCCAAUAAUGUUGAGAGUGAAAAUAAAAAUGGUUUAGACUGGAUUAAUGGAAAGAGGAUAAUGAACUAUAGGCCGGGUCAAUCGCCUGAUGAAAUCACUAACCACUUAUUUGCCGCGAACAGGACACUACAUAGUGUAGAGGCACCAUAUCACACAUUUAACCAUGGAAAAUUGGAGUUAAAAACAGAUCUCAAAUUAUCAAUAAUUUUGCUCUGUAUAUUAACACGUAUUGUUCUGAUGGUUUAUCCAACUUUUCAACAUUACUUCAAACAGAAAAGAAUAAAUAAUAGGAAAGAAAACACGUCGAACAUCACUUAUCUAUAUAAUAGUUUAAAGUGUUAUCUAGAAUCUUCUCCGUUAAGUGGCCAUCCUUACACUCUCAAGAGCAACUUUGUCGCGGAAGAAUCGUGUCAUAUGAGAAGAAAAUUAUUGGGCGAUGUCAUGACAACAUUAUCACUUCCUCCAUCAAACAUUGUUAUUGCACCGGUCACCAAAUUAAAUGAUUAUUUUGAGUCCAUGUCUUGCCCAGACACGUCAGAUAUUGAUGUUUCUUUAAAUAUCGAAAUUCUAAGGAUUGAGGGUUUUCGUAACUUUCCCCGCUCGGCUGAAGUAAGUACUAUACGCCUUGCAGAAAAUGGAUUCUUUUAUACUGGGGAGUCGGACGAAGUGGAGUGCUUUAAUUGUCAUGUUCGAUACAGCGGAUGGAAAAGGGGCGACAUACCUUCUCAUAUACACAAACAAAUAUCACCCAAUUGUGAUUUUGCUCGAGGAAAGGAAACUACCAAUGUUCCAUUAUUGCCGUCAUCAAGUACAAACAGAGGGAAUGAUAUGGCAAGUGAACGUUUUCACACGCGUGGACCACCAGAUCUUCCAGAGGGAAGAAAGAUACGGGAUCACCAACUUCGAUUCGAAGAGAGGUCACAAGAGGUGAGAAAAGACAUCAGAUCUUUUGAUUCAACCGCACAUAGUACCGCUAAUGAAAAUGGAUACCAUAGCAAUGGAAAUGUUGAGGUGUCGCACAAGAAAGCAUCCGCGUCAAACAUUUACAAUGAAGUGCAUGCAAUCCAACCAUAUUUGGACAACAAUAGUAGCAGACAUAACGACUGGAUGUCAAAGUAUUCCGGAAAGCUAAAACUCCCACCACUGGCGUAUGUAAAGAAAGCAAUGAUAUAUCCUGCCUAUGCAAUACCAACCAUACGUCUUAGUUCAUAUAGUGGCUGGUCGUCGACUUCCGGUCUCCUGCCGAAGUCUCUGGCUGAUGCCGGGUUCUUGUAUGCAGGUUAUGGUGAUCUGGUCCGGUGCUUUUGUUGUGGGGGAGCUCUCCGGAACUGGAUGCCUGGAGACGAUCCUUGGAUAGAGCAUGCUCGAUGGUUUCCGGAAUGUGUGUAUCUUCGUCGGAGCAAGGGGGAUAGUUUUAUCAUGCUCGUUCACGAUGAUGUAAAUUUAACAGAGGUGGUCCAUCAUGAAAACAAUGUACCUUUGGCCACAAGUAAUACAGAUUUCCCCCAAAUAUCUGAACCACCAAGCACGCACAGUCAAGAUGUCGCGAGUCAGGACCCUUUCAUACAGAGAGUAAAAGAGAUGGGGUUUCCGAUGGACAUCAUUUCUUCUGCUUUGUCAUCACUUCGCAGACAAAGUAAGCCAGUAGACGUAUACAACAUCGUCAAUGUAAUAUUAUAUUCAGAAACACCUUUCUUACGUGAUGGGUUUGAUGAAGUGGAUAAUUGCAUUCACAGACAACAAAUGGCACAGAAAAAAACGAGACAGGUUUGUGCUGAAAAAAGAUGCAAGAUUUGCCUAGAAGAGGACGCAUGCGUGAUAUUCUUGCCAUGCCAUCACAUGACGUGUUGUGAAGAAUGCGGUUCAAUCCUUCACAAGUGUCAAGUUUGUCGCCAGGCCAUCAGUGGACGGCUUAAGUUUUCAUAA